AUGAAAAGAUCAAUAGAUAAUACAAUCUUAUAUCGUUGUGAAGCAAAUGAAAAUGAGAAUAAAUAUUAUUGCAAACGAUGUUUGGAAAUUGAAAAAGUUAAAUUGGAUAAUAACAAGCCUUCGCACUUGUCUAAAAUUCAUUCAGUAAAACGUUCAACUUCUAGUGGAAACAUGAAAAAUUAUUUGUUUUUAGUGCACAAAAUUGUCACUGAUAAAAUUUCUACCGAAGAAAAAAAUAACAAUAUAUUAAGAACUUGGUGCAGCGCAAGUGGGUCUGCGUUAAAAGUAAAGUUUGAUAUUACUCGUGACAUUGCACUUUGGUUUUGUACCGAUUUGUUGUCGCUGAAUCUUGUAGAAAGAACCGGUUUUGUAAAAUUUUUUGAAAAAAACUUUGGUAUAGUCACUCCAUCACGUUCAUCAUUGACAUGCGGAGCUUUAAUUAAUAUGUUCAAAGCAGUCAAGACCAGUGUAAAGAAUAUUUUGAAAUACUCAAAUGCUGCUUCUUUACUGUUUGAUGGCUGGACAGAUAAAUACAAAAGAUUAUCAUUUAUUGGUGUAAAGUGUUCAGUAAUAACAAGUGAAUGGGAUAGAAAAAUUUUUACUUUAGCUUGUGCACCGCUGGAAAACCACACUGCAGAAAAUAUUGCAGAUUUUAUAAAGGAUGUUAUUAAAGAUAUGUUUAGCAAACAGUGUGAGGAGUUACGUUUGCAUAAUGUUCAUGGUGGUGCUGCAAACAUGAUGAAGACUUCUAGACUACUGGGUUGUGAAGAACCUCAACAUUGCUUAGCUCGUGUGCUGAACUUACUAUUGGUCUCAACAAAUGUCCUGAAAAAAAUUGCAGAAGUGAAAGAACUUGUUAACCUAGAUGAACAAUUCCCAAUUCAAGCAAAUCAAGCAAGCCCAAAUGACAAUCCUAUCAUUUCAGAUAGUGAAUAUGAAUGUCAAGAAAAAGUUUUAUUUGUAGAAAAUUUAAGGUAUAAAUCUAAACAGCAUAAAAGUUUAAAACUCCAAGUAUGUAGUCGGUGGAACAGUGCACUACUUAUGAUAGAGUCUAUUGAUCAGCUUUUUAAUGGUGUAAAAAAACUUUUAAAAAAAACUGGCAAAAGAGAACUGUGUCUCAACGAGUUUGAGCUACAAUUGCUAAGGGAACUUGUUAAGUUCAUGAAACCUUUUCAAAAUUUGACAGAAGUUGUGAGUGGGGGGAACUCUCUCUCUAUUCUGCCAUUGAUCAAACAUAAAAUUGCAUCGCUUCUCAAGGUUUAUAUUGAUGAUUUACCUGUGAUAAAAAAGUUAAAAAUGGUUUGUAGCUUAAAAUUAGAACAGCGCCUAAAACUGUCACAAACGGCCAAAUUAUCAUGUCUGUUAGAUCCAGCAGUUAAGUCUAUCUUCCCAAAUAAUGAAGCAAUUAAUAUACUAUUAGAGACUUUAUCAAGUUUUACAGAAAGUUUAAAUUCACAUGCAGCAGUCAACAAUAAUUUUAAAAGUAUAUGCAAUGUUUGUAUUGAACUAUUUGCACGGCUGAUUUACGUUACUUUGCUGAUUUAUGUUGUAGAAAAUUAUCCUACUGCAAAGAAAUUACUGCUUCAAGAAAUUAAAGCUGCGCUUCCGAAUUACGAUCAAAACGGACAUCAAAGUUUAGCUAGGGAAGUCAAUAAUUGUAUUAAUUGUCUACCAACAGAAGAAAAAGAAAAAGACCCUAUAGAGUUUUGGAAAAAUAAUCAUAAAAAGUUUCCCCAUCUGGCAUGUCUGGCAAGUGAAUAUUUAUGCAUUCCAUCAAGCAGUGUAGAAGUGGAAUACAUGUUUUCCACUGCUGGAUUAAUUGUCAAUUCUUGA